AUGGCCACGGAGCUGGAGGACCGCUGUCCCAUCUGCCUGGGCAGCUGGGAGGAGCCCAGCUUCGUGAUGCCAUGCCUCCACCGCUUCUGCUACCCCUGCAUCCUGCGGUGGGCUGAGACCAAGCCCGAGUGCCCCCUCUGCAAGAGGGGAAUCCGCUCCAUCCUGCACUCGGUGCGGGCGGACGAUGACUACGUGGAGCACGUCGUCACACCACCCGUGACUCCACCAGCCGUCGUCCGCCAGGGGGGAGGAGCUCCCAGGCACCCAGCCGCCCACCACCUCCAUCACCCUGGAGCACCCCAACGGUGGGCUGCAGAAGGGCUGCCCAGGCGUCCUGUGGGUGGCCUCUACACCCCAAACUGGAUGAGCGGUUUGCGCAACAACUCCACGCUCAUCCAGAUCCUGCAGCCCCUGGUCCAACGGGAGCAGGAGAUGAUGUUUGCCACCCUCAUGGGCACCCCGAACAACCGCGGGCUGGAGAGAGAGCUGCCGGGCCAGAUGCUGGGGGUCUCCCGCCAAAACCCCACGGCGACACUGGCGCGACAGCGUGCACGUGUCGCCGUGCAAGGGCGCAGCAGAGAGGCCCACCGUCUGCUGGGACGGCGGGACGGCCGUGCUGCCGGGGGGCGGGAGGGCAGCCCCGCGGGCAUCCCAGGCCCCGCUGCCUCCCAGGGAGGGUCUCUCACCCCCAGCGCAGCCCCCUCCGGCAGCCCUGCGAGACCCAGCACGGAGGAGCUGCCCGGCACCUCGUCCGCAGCCCGUGGUGGGGGUCCCGGCAGCCAGCCCUCUGCUCCCGUUGCCAUCCCCGCGGAGCAAGAGGAGCCCCAGGAGGAGCCAGGGCAGGCUGUGCCCGGGCCCUCCGCUUCCAGCCAGGGCACCGAAGGCUCCCCUGAAGGGCCCCGGCGACCCCCAAAGAGGAGGACCGGCAGCUCCGACGCCUCUCCAGCCAACAAGAGGCCAGCACCGCGGCGGUGA